AUCAACCACUUAGUUGAUUUAAAAAAUUAAAUUCAAACAACGUGCCAUGAUGGGUAAUUCCAAGAAUAAUAUGGUUAUUAUUAUUCAUAUUGUUGUGUUAUUUUCUAUAUGUUUGGCAGUGGCAAAUUCGGUUGAGUUUAAUUUUCCAGCAGUAUUCAACUUGGGUGAUUCAAAUUCGGACACAGGUGAACUUUCAGUUGGAUUGGGGUUUCAGCUUGUCCUACCUUAUGGACAGAACUACUUCAAAACUCCUUCUGGAAGGGCAUGUGAUGGUCGUCUCAUUGUUGAUUUCCUAAUAACUAAUAAUCAAAUAUCCAUGGCUACCGACAACAAUUGUAGCCCUUGCAUAAUUCUAACUAUCAUUACCAUAUUCUUAUUACCUUCUUCCAAAUCCAUCAUUCACUUAGAUUUUCCAGCAGUUUUUAACUUCGGCGACUCAAAUUCUGAUACCGGUACCCUUGUUACCGCCGGUUUUGAAAGCCUUUACCCACCAAAUGGUCAAACUUACUUUCAUCCACCAUCAGGAAGAUACUCAGAUGGCCGUCUCAUCGUUGAUUUUCUUAUGGAUGCAUUGGAUUUGCCAUUCCUAAAUGCAUAUUUGGAUUCAUUGGGUUUGCCAAAUUUUAAGAAAGGUUGCAACUUUGCAGCAGCAGGUUCAACUAUCCUUCCAGCCACUGCAUCAUCCAUCUGUCCUUUCUCCUUUGGGAUACAGGUUUCUCAGUUCCUCCGGUUCAAAGCUCGCGCUCUUGAAUUGCUUGCAGCAAAAGGUAGGAAAUUCGAUAAGUAUGUCCCAAGCGAAGAUAUUUUCGAGAAGGGAUUGUACAUGUUUGACAUUGGCCAGAAUGAUCUUGCUGGUGCAUUUUAUUCAAAAACAUUAGACCAAGUACUUGCUUCAAUUCCAACAAUUCUUUUAGAAUUUGAAACUGGAAUUAAGAGACUAUAUGAUGAGGGAGCAAGACAUUUCUGGAUACACAAUACAGGUCCUCUUGGAUGCUUACCACAGAAUGUUGCCAAAUUUGGAACUGAUCCAUCAAAGCUUGAUGAACAAGGAUGUGUUAGUGCACACAACCAAGCUGCUAAAACCUUCAAUCUACAGCUUCAUUCUUUGUGUAGUAAAUUGCAGGGUCAAUAUCCAGAUUCAAAUGUCACAUAUGUUGAUAUCUUCACCAUAAAAUCAAACCUCAUUGCAAACUAUUCUAGAUACGGGUUUGAACAACCUAUUAUGGCAUGUUGUGGAUAUGGAGGUCCACCAUUGAACUAUGACAGUAGAGUUACUUGUGGGAACACAAAGAUUUUGAAUGGAACAACAGUUACAGCAAAAGGUUGUAAUGAUAGUUCUGAGUAUAUAAACUGGGAUGGAAUUCAUUACACUGAAACUGCAAAUCAAUAUGCUGCAUCACAAAUUCUCACCGGAAAAUACUCCGACCCUCCUUUCUCAGACAAAAUGCCAUUCCUUCUCAAGCUCAAGAUCUAAAUAAGUUUUUUUGUUAAUUUUUUAACUCAUUGAUUUUAUUCUUUAUCAUGUAUUGGUGUAAUGAAAGCAAUAGCAGAUUAUAGCUUCAAAUCGUAAUCAAGUUCUUGCUAAAAUGAAAAAUGAAGAUAUUCGAUCUAACAAUAUUAAUAUUUUCAAUUGAACUAGUCUUA